AGGCCGAACGCUAGGGGCGCCAGGAAGUUUGUUUCAAUUAACUGGUUGAGCAGCAAAACAGGUUUGCCGUUUAAGAAGCGACAAAAACAAAUCGAACGCCGCCAGCCGCAACCACUCCUUCGCACACUUUCCUCGCGUAUUUGACACUGCGGGGCUAAUCGUUUCACCGGUUUCACUUUUGCGGCGCGCUGUCAAGUCCCGAUAAGUCGUAGUUACGUGCGUGUCGAGCAAGCGAAAACAAGUAGAAGAAAUAAACCGGUGCACCGACAGCAGCGAGAGAAACGGCGCAGUCGAGCAGGGAGCCCGAGGCCUCCCAUAAUGCGCCGGCGGAGGGUAGAGGAGGGUGGGCCGGUUUUGUACGCGGAACAUAAUAAAAUGCCACGGAAGAAGUCGGCGAAUGGGCUCAGUCGCGAUUCUUUGAUAGGAUGAGCACUGUUUGUAAUGUUUUCCUACAGUCGAUACAACGUAGUGCGCCCCGCGUGUUGAAAGUGGUGUUUGUGACGACUCGCCAAGAACAAUAUAGUGACGGAAAAGGAGGCACUGCUGCUUGGUGGUGUGCCUAUAUCGGGUGUCCCAAGGGUAGAUGACCCACACAAACGCGACGACAACACGGUGUCUGCACGAAGGAAGCGGCUGGAGGACUUUCAUGCGUUGGUGAAGUGCCCGCCUUCUAAGAAGCCAGUGCUACACCAGUGAGCCCUCGACGAAUGCUGCUUCCUUCAGGCCCGAGAAGUCUGGCUCGAAGGGGCGCCAGCGUCCGUGCAGCAGCUGGCACCGGUUACUGACAGCGUGGGCAUGGGUGUCGGCUGCCAUGUCAGGCAGCUACCGUUACUCGGCUGCAUUGGACAAGACGUACAUGGAGCAGCGUUGGGUGCCACCUAGCGCCCCGGCCACCCAGCCUGUGCGCACGGUGCCCAUCAUUCGGACUGUGCCUGUGCCCAGUGCCUCUGACCCCCUGCGCUUCAUCAAGGUUAAACAGCCACCCCUGGGCAAGCAGGCUCGCGAGCAACUUCAGGCCUACGAGAGCAGCGUGCGCAACCACGUGCGCGCCAAGCUUGACGAACAAGAGGAACAGUGGCAGACGAACCUCGACGAGUGGAAGAGCAGACGGAGGAAGGCAUCUGAGAGGGCCUUCCAGAGAGUUCAGGACGCCAAGGAGCUUUUCCCUGACGAAGGGCAGAGGCAACCGGAACCAGAGCCUGAACCAACGCUGACCACCAGCACAGAGUUGCUGUCCGAGUACAGCACACGGGAGGAGUUCAUACCUACUAACACCGCAGUCCACUCAGUCACCACUGCUCGCCCAGCUUCAAAGGGCCCCAAACCGCCUGUGCCUCCAAAGCCAAUGGCGGAGCUGAGAAGAAAAGAGUUCCCGCCCAAUGGCGACGAGGCAAACGAGCAAGAAGACUCCAGCAGACGGAGUGCUCCCGCUGAGGCUACAUUAUCAGUCAGCGGCCGCAAACUUUGCUCACACUGCAACCAGCCUCUAGGUCAUGGUGCUGCUAUGGUUAUAGAAAGUCUUCAGCUGCUCUACCACCUUGCCUGUUUUCGGUGCUGUGUAUGCCAGGCACCAUUGGGCAACGGUCUGUGUGGCACUGACGUCCGCGUCCGCAACACAAAGCUUCACUGCACUGACUGCUACAGCAAUGAUGAGGCGGGAGUGAAGCUGAGCAGGGUCUGAUGAUGGAGGUGAUCAACGGUGACGACGUCUCCUUUGACGCAAAGUUUUUCACGGCUGGUACAAGACCUGCAUCAACCGGUGCCGUGUCUUGGCUGCUGGUCCUAAGCAGCUGUUUGGCUGCAGAGGCCUGUAAAAGAGCCCACAGUUGCCAAGCUGUGUUUUUAUUCACUCAGCAUAUAUUUUGUAUGUAGCAGAUAAUAGCCAAAUGGCAGCUGUUUUAUACAUGCAAUAAAAGCUCGUAGCCAAAGAGAA